AUGAGGGGGGAUGUGGCCCUUUACCCAGACAGACCAGGGCUAGCAGCAGGGUAUAAAUGGUGGCCUGUGAGCCACGGGCUACAACAGGCAUCAGCGGAGCAUCCUACAAGAGCUAGACAAGAGCGACCAGAGAAACCAGCUGCCGCCAUGAAGCCCCUCACCCUGGUGACUUUGCUGGCACUGACGACCCUGUGCCUGUGCCGUGGAGGCUCGGAUCAUUCCAACAGCGCUAAUGACUCGCCCAGCUCUGAAGCAUUCGUCUCCAAACAGGACAGCGCCGAGGUGGUGAGGAGACACAAACGGAACUACGUCUACAGCAGGUUCUACGAACUCAUCCACGACCCUCUCGAGGGCAAGCGGGAGAUCUGUGAACUCAACCCCGACUGCGACGAGUUGGCUGACCACAUUGGCUUCCAGGAGGCUUACAGAAGAUACUAUGGGCCGAUUUAG